GGACAAGAAAAAAUAGACGAGAAAAGGCAAUGCAGUCAAUUGACCGGACCCCUUCUUCCUCCCUAUUUAAAGAGCCCAAAAGCCGUCAAAAACAGAGUCUGAUAGAAUAAGAGGAUUGAAAAACGCUCAGAGAUCGAUAGAGAGUGAUAAAAAUAUACAUAAUAUAUACUUGGCUGAAAAAGAGACACUCAAUGGGAGAAGUGGCAAUUUAUGUGGAUAAUGAUUAUGAUUAUUACGAUUCGGCAAAUAAUGCUAUAUGCUUUUGUAGAAUCUGCCAUGAAGCAGAGUUUGAAAGCUUCAAGCCCAUGGAAUCUCCUUGCGGAUGUUCUGGCACAGUCAAGUUUGCACACAGAGAAUGUAUACAGAGAUGGUGCAAUGAAAAAGGAAACACAAUAUGUGAACUCUGUUUGCAGAGGUACGAACCUGGGUACACGGCGGCCCCACCGCAUAAAAUGGCUGGCGCAACCACUUUGACAACUAGACGGAGUUUGGAGAUCCCAUUCCUAGAGGUCGAGGAAGAUGGUGAUACUGAUGAUGAUGAGCAAAUUAAUGCCUACUAUUCACAAUGUCUAUCCGACGGCGCAGAUCACAGGAGUGGUAGUUCCUGUUGUAGAUCAAUGGCUCUCAUUUUCACAUUCUUGCUUCUCAUGAGACAUGUAUAUGAGGUUGUUGCCCGAGAAGAAAAUGAUAAUACAUUUUCACUUCCAACUCUAUUGGUGAUAAAGGCUAGUGGGAUAUUACUUCCAAUGUAUGUUCUUCUCCGGAUUGUCACAUUCAUCCAGAAGGCCAUUCAUCAACAGCACCAUUUUUAGUUUUUUACAACACGGACUCUGAUGAGUGAUGACAUAUGAUCAAAUUGAAGGCACGCUAAACUUUUCUGUUAACUUGAACCAUGUUUAAUUUGGUGCUCCUCUAUUCAAUUUAUUGUGUAACACCGAGUGUAUAUAUCAUAUAUAUAGUACGAUUGUAUGAUAUACGAAGUACGUAGUUUCUUUGGUCUUGUACUGCACGACCUUACAUUUCAACGUCAUUGUAAUUAUUUUGCACUAUCUCAAUCAACCUACACGUAUAUUUCCGCAAAAUAUAUCGUACAUUCCGCAAAAUAUUUAGGUCAUUGUAAUUAUUUUGAACUAUAUGAUAUUUUUUGGAGAAAUAUAAUGUCACUGUAAAAUUUUCAUGUCA